GAUCACUGUGGCACUGCCACUGAUAUCUUGCUCUCUUCAUGGACAUCAUUAUGACUUGCCACCAUUCUCAUAUUGAGUGCUUUGACCUUCACCCCUCGAAUAGAUCUUUCCAAGACUUUGGGGGCGACUAAACUUGGCUCAUGAGUGACAAUCUUCUCACGCAUAUAUCUUCGGUUUGUGUUUUGAGCGAUGCACUGUUUAGGAUCUCGUUUGCCAGACAUUGCUAUGGCAAAGUGUAAUUCCCGCUAUUACCAACCCUAUUCGGCACCUAUGUUCCAGGCUUGGAGCCAGACUGAUGUUCAGAGGUGCUCCCUGAACUGACAUUGUCCGAGUCGAGAACCCCAUUGUUACUGAUAACUAACGUUGCGGGUUUCCACGCAUUAGGUCAUUUAGGCAAUUGGCGAGGCCUAUAUGCAGGCAAUGUUGACAAGGAACUCGCACCGAUCAAUUGACGCUGGUGGGACCUGAGCCAGAGCUGGGUACGGAACCUGUUCUUGUUCUAAUACUGAAUACGUCGUCAGGUACGACUAGUUACCUAUAGCCGCUCAUGGUGACUUAGACAUAGUGCAUACAUUCGGUAAAGAUCCCGUGUGAUCUAAACAUGCUCAUCUGCGAUUGAGCCUCCGAAGCCGGACGGACGUAUCGCUGACUUUGGCCGAGGAACUUGUGAGCAGAUCGCGCCUCCGUCGAUAUUGUAUGCAGAUAUCCCGUGAUCUUGAUUGGUUUUGUAACUCAUGUCCCGUUUAGAACAGCCGAGUGUGCCCGGGUUUCCUGCUGUUCGCUGUCGUCGUAAAUCGGGACCUGCAUAUCCGGCGACAUUGGUGAACGCAUCGGUGCGAGAUUCGUGGAACCGGGUCCUCUUCGUCUUGACCCUGUGAUAGGCAGCAUCAGCUAUUUUUCGAGAAUCAUUGUUCCGUGCGAAUGGUCACGAUCUUUCCUUUUCCUGAUCAUUGGCCGUGACGGUAUGAACGUGGCGGGAGCAGAAAGAACGACGUCGGCAGCUUUUUUUCGCGUCGCGGUGGACAGCUUCCCGUCUCUUCGCAAGUCCACAUCUGCUCUCAGUCGCUCGGGUCGCUCAUUCUGGAUAUCGUGCAAGUCCGUGUCUUCGCUCCAUUGCUGUUGUCCAAAUGCUCGCAGCGGCUGCAGUAAGACUCGACGUCAGACGCAUCGCAAGCCAUCGCCAAGUCAAGCUACAACGCGAACCUGAGAAACUUCGAAGUCAAAUCGGCGGCAGUGCGAGACUGUGAUUGUGUUGUUCUUUCGAGCAUGACUGAGGAAGGGCCAGCAUCAUCUUGCGAACACUGCCUUAUGUCGGUUCGUGACAUCAGCAGGCAAAGAAAGGCGAUCGCUUGGCUCGAAGCCUGGUCACCUCCGGAUGAGAGUUGCGACACGGCAUUACGCCGACGUUUACCCGGCCCACAGGCUCCUUUGUCGCUGCUCAAAGGCACUCGAGUACCCUGAGGGGUGUUGCAACCAGUUUCUUGGGCAGGCAGUGAUUUCACUUUGGCCGAAGAGAAUCCCAGGGCGCCUGAGCGGGAGCAAUCAAUCAUAUCUCUUGUUUUGCCUGGCAGCUUUCAUCGACCCUUUGCAGGGGCAUCGUGUCGCACUGCCAAUGACUACAAUCGCAGUCGGUACACAAUCAGAUCACUUCCUGAUCGUGCCAGUGUCUCUAAAUAAGACCUCCUCGCCGUCGGAACUGCCUCAAGCUCGACAGCUGUGCGGUGUUUAGUGCUUACCCGCGGAGUAAGAUCCCCACAAAGCAUAUUGAGUUCGUGGGCUGAGCGUGGUGUCCCUAACGGUAAGUGCAUGUUUCCAGGUGAACUGCUGUUGGGCUGCUCUGCUCUCCUAGAACUAAUGACGUGCGGUAUGUCGCGGCCGAGCCUAUGCCGAUGAUGUCGAUGGAGACGAUGAUGCAAUGGUGCAAGAAAUCCCUGGUCGUUGUUACAGUAAAAGGGAGGCUAUAUGUAUAUUGUACUCCCAGGAACCAUCCAAGGAAUAGUAAUAUAUGCCACACCCAACUGCCGAGCAUCGCGAGAAAAGGCGCCAUCGUUCUAAACCACACCCCGGGAAUUUCGCUGUCCGGCCUCGGUCCGACACAUCCCUGGACAGGACCACCAUGUACAACCCUCAUGCUCAACGACCUCCCUCAGCAGGGCCUCCCUCAUUGUCAGGCCGCGCGUCGAUGGGUGGGCCUCCCCCGAUGGUGCAUUCCGAGCAGUACGAGCAGGAGUACGACGACGGCCGUUACGAACAACAACAAUAUUCCGAUCCAGACGACGAGCAGGACGACUUCUACCAACGAAACAAUGCGCCUUCCACAUACGCUGACGGCUAUCCCGUUGGAUCCGUUGCCACCCAGUCUGUACGCAACCCCUCGCCCCCACCAGGUCCGAUAUUGGACCACUCUCACCUGCGACCGGGCAACCAAGCAUCCCUUUUAUCCCACCAACGCACCCUCGAGCUCUACCGCGCCAAUGCGAAAAAGACACAAGACCCCGAGCUCCAGUUCGAGUUCGCCGUGUUCAUGAUCGACGCCUCCAAGUCGUUACCGAUACCCGUAUCCGAGCCCGGCAAUCUCUUAGAAGUGGAGCGCGCGACGGAGAAGCGCGAGGAGCUCAUCCGCGAGGCGACCUCGCUGCUCAAGCGGCUAGCAGACCGCGGACAUCCCGCGUCGCAGUACUUCCUCGCCGACUGCUUCGCGAACGGAAUAGGGACCGUCAAGAACAAGCAGGACUUUGACCGCGCGUACCCCCUGUUCGUGCUGGCCGCGAAGCACGGGCAUCCGGACGCUGCGUACCGCGCGGGGACCUGCUGCGAGAACGGGUGGGGCUGUCGGCGCGAAGCGGCCAAGGCGCUGCAGUUCUUCCGCAAGGCUGCGGCCGCACUGCAUCCCGGUGCGAUGUACCGCCUGGGCAUUGCAGAGCUCAAUGGCGAGCUGGGCCUCAGUAAGAGCCCCAAAGAGGGCGUCAAAUGGCUCAAGCGCAGCGCGGAGCACGCCACUGCCGAGUUCCCGCACGCACUCCACGAGCUCGCGCUCCUCCAUGAACGUGGGAUCGACAACGUGCUGUUUGUCGACUACGAGUAUUCUACAGAGCUUCUGGCGCAGGCAGCAGAACUUGGCUACGCGCCCAGUGCGUAUCGGUUGGGCGAGUGCUACGAGUACGGGAAGAUGGGAUGUCCGCAGGAUCCGGCUUUGUCGAUUCACUACUACAACAUCGCUGCCCAACAAAACCAUCGGGACGCCUGUUUUGCACUGACGGCGUGGUAUCUUGUGGGAUCGCCUGGUGUGCUUCCGCAGUCGGAUACGGAGGCUUUUCUCUGGGCACAGAAAGCUGCGGAUGCGGGCCUGGCCAAGGCGAUGUAUGCUUGCGGUUACUUUCUGGAGGUCGGCAUUGGAACGCAGCCGAAUCCGCGCGAAUCCAUGAGCUACUUCAAGCGGGCAGCGGAGCUGGGAGACAAGCGAGCAAUCCAGCGGCUUAAGACACCGAACACGCCGUUGACAUCGCCUGUUGGGCCAGGGGGCAUGCUGCAGCGCGGCCCAGACGACAGCCCGGCUAAAGGAGGCAAGGACAAGGAUUGUAUUAUAAUGUAGUAGCCGAUUACUUAAUGGACGUAUCUUACAGCUUUUUACUGGGUUUUGACGGUCUUUCAAAAGUAGAAGUCGUCUUCGUCUUCGUCCCAGUCGCUCCCGUAAAUGUCUCGCAUCAUCUUUGCUUCAUCAUCGGAGUAGAACGUGUCGAGGAAGCUGGGCCAAAACAACCCUGGAUCGAUGUCGCACCGCUCCCACGACUGAAGAGCACGAGUCGGCGGUCCAGGAGGCAUGGUGAUUCGAAGCCUCGGUCGUUGGUUGUCGAUACCAGGCACCUCCGGACAAGCCAGAUUGCAGUAGUAGUCCUCGUUCAACACAAGAUCAUGAGUGAUGUCGUGUUCUUGAGUUAGGUGAUACGUCAAUUCCGUCUCCUCCAUCGUUCGCGACUCUGGGAUCCCGUUGACAUCAAUGCAAUGUGCGCAGCACCAGAGUGACCGAGGCAGCUGUGACACAGUAGCAAUCGAUUCCGUCUCGCUCGGAUCUGUUCCAUCAAUGGUAAUCACAGUCAGCUCGGUGACUUCGACCUCGAGACUGCGAGCGACGGCAGAAUCAGCGUCAUCCAAUCGGUACCAUGCGCCUUCGAAUGCACUGUGUUCUUUCAGGUCAUGUUUCAGCGCAUUGCGCCAGUCGAACGCCCGUACUUCUGCGAUGGAGUGCGAACUGGGCGCCACCGUCUGCGCCGAAGGACCUAACACAAUCUGCUUCUGGCCGGGUCUGCUGCUGGGGCCUGCUUCGGCGCUGGGAUCUACGUCUGCGACCUUUCUAAGGGCACAAUGAUGACAAGCGAAUCUAGCAGAGGAAGCAUCCAUCUCUUCCACAGUAGUCACGUCGGGAUCCUUUCCGCACAGAGCGACCAACAGUCGAAUGACAGAGGGCGCGCGUUUAUGCAUCAUGAGCGACGAUGUGUGCCACAGCGUGCGAUCAUCGGACAGGCCGUUUGACAGCAGCGAGAGGAAGUAGGGCAUACUGGACAGAGAUGAGCCCGUCAGACAGCGAUGGCCGAGAACACGGGGCCAGAAGAGUGGGAGUGCUGAGCCACUGCCACAGGAAUUGCAGUGGAAAACUGUUGUUGCAAGCCUCAGUGUAUCCGAAACUUCUUGGUCACUUUUGCUGCUCGAGUC